GGGCCUCAGACAUCUGGCCUGGCCUAACCUCCCGUUCUGCACUCAGCAGCUCAGGCAGAGGCUAGAGCCAGCUUUGAACAGGUGAGGACAAUAAGGCAUGUUUGGAGUGGCAUGGCCCAGAUACCCCAGCAGCAGCUCUGCACCCCUGCCCAGGCACUGCUGGGAAUCGAAAAGAAACAAAACAGAGCUGAACUUGGUCACACAGUCCCUAGAGACAGCAAGACAUGGGCUCCAUUGUGCAGCUCCUGAUGCCUCUGAUGUAACCAGAAGAUGUGGAGGGGAGCUGUCCCGACCAUGUAGAUGCCAACCCCAGGGAUCAACAUGGGCCCCACUGAAUGGAGACUCCUGGGUCAGCAUUCCUGAGCCUCUUCGGCCCCUGGACCUCACCCCACUCCUGGGGACACUCCUCAGAGCUCUCCAGUGCUGUCGCCAGCCCACCUCAGCCAUCACCACCUCCUGGGACUCGAAGUUGGUGGCCUCGUGCUACUACCCUCUGGUGAGGGUGUACUGAGGACAGCCACACACAGCCAUCACCCAGAGGCCCCUUUUCCAGUGCUGACCCUCAGGCCCAGCCUGAGCAGAAACUCCAGCAAACAUGGGUGAUAUGACCAACAGCGACUUUUACUCCAAAAACCAAAGAAAUGAGUCGAGCCAUGGGGGCGAGUUUGGGUGUACCAUGGAGGAGCUGCGCUCCCUCAUGGAGCUGCGGGGCACCGAGGCUGUGGUCAAGAUCAAGGAGACAUACGGGGACACUGAAGCCAUCUGCCGGCGCCUCAAAACCUCGCCUGUUGAAGGUUUGCCGGGCACUGCUCCAGACUUGGAAAAGAGGAAACAGAUUUUUGGGCAAAACUUCAUACCUCCAAAGAAACCAAAAACCUUCCUGCAGCUGGUGUGGGAAGCGCUACAGGACGUGACACUCAUCAUCCUGGAAAUUGCGGCCAUCAUCUCCCUGGGACUGUCCUUCUACCACCCACCAGGAGAGAGCAAUGAAGGAUGUGCCACGGCCCAGGGUGGGGCAGAGGAUGAAGGUGAAGCAGAAGCAGGCUGGAUCGAGGGGGCUGCCAUCCUGCUGUCAGUCAUCUGUGUGGUCCUCGUCACAGCCUUCAAUGACUGGAGUAAGGAGAAACAGUUCCGGGGCCUGCAGAGCCGAAUUGAGCAGGAGCAGAAGUUCACCGUCGUCCGGGCCGGCCAAGUGGUCCAGAUCCCUGUGGCCGAGAUCGUCGUCGGGGACAUUGCCCAGAUCAAAUAUGGUGACCUCCUUCCUGCUGAUGGCCUCUUCAUCCAGGGCAAUGACCUCAAGAUCGAUGAGAGCUCACUCACAGGGGAGUCGGACCAGGUGCGCAAGUCUGUGGAUAAGGACCCCAUGUUGCUGUCAGGAACCCAUGUGAUGGAGGGCUCAGGACGGAUGGUGGUGACUGCUGUGGGUGUGAACUCUCAGACUGGCAUCAUAUUUACCCUGCUUGGGGCUGGUGGUGAAGAGGAAGAAAAGAAAGACAAAAAAGGUGUGAAGAAGGGGGAUGGCCUUCAGCUACCAGCGGCCGACGGCGCAGCACCUGCAAAUGCUGCAGGUAGCGCAAAUGCCAGCCUAGUCAAUGGUAAAAUGCAGGAUGGCAGUGCCGACAGCAGCCAGAGCAAAGCCAAGCAGCAGGACGGGGCAGCUGCUAUGGAGAUGCAGCCUCUGAAGAGCGCAGAGGGCGGCGAUGCAGAUGACAAGAAAAAAGCCAACAUGCACAAGAAAGAGAAGUCGGUGCUUCAGGGCAAGCUCACCAAGCUGGCUGUGCAGAUAGGCAAGGCGGGCCUGGUGAUGUCGGCCAUCACAGUGAUCAUCCUGGUGCUCUACUUCACCGUGGACACCUUCGUGGUCAACAAGAAGCCAUGGCUGACGGAGUGCACACCUGUCUACGUACAGUACUUUGUCAAGUUCUUCAUCAUCGGUGUGACGGUGCUGGUGGUCGCUGUGCCCGAGGGCCUUCCUCUGGCUGUCACCAUCUCACUGGCCUAUUCCGUGAAGAAAAUGAUGAAGGACAACAACUUGGUUCGCCACCUGGAUGCCUGUGAAACCAUGGGCAAUGCCACAGCCAUCUGCUCAGACAAGACAGGCACGCUGACCACCAACCGCAUGACCGUGGUACAGGCCUAUGUCGGUGAUGUCCACUACAAGGAGAUCCCUGAUCCCAGCUCCAUCAAUGCCAAGACGUUGGAGCUGCUGGUCAACGCCAUCGCUAUCAACAGCGCCUACACCACCAAGAUCCUCCCCCCAGAAAAAGAGGGCGCCCUGCCCCGGCAGGUGGGCAACAAGACAGAAUGCGGCCUGCUGGGCUUUGUGCUGGACUUGAGGCAGGACUACGAGCCGGUGCGCAGCCAGAUGCCAGAGGAGAAGCUGUAUAAGGUGUACACCUUCAACUCCGUGCGCAAGUCCAUGAGCACCGUCAUCAAGAUGCCUGACGAGAGCUUCCGCAUGUACAGCAAAGGCGCCUCGGAGAUUGUGCUCAAAAAGUGCUGCAAGAUCCUCAGUGGGGCAGGGGAACCCCGUGUCUUCCGGCCCCGAGACAGGGAUGAGAUGGUGAAGAAGGUAAUCGAGCCCAUGGCCUGUGACGGGCUCCGUACCAUCUGUGUGGCCUAUCGUGACUUCCCCAGCAGCCCUGAACCUGACUGGGACAAUGAGAAUGACAUUCUCAAUGAACUCACGUGCAUCUGCGUGGUGGGCAUUGAAGACCCAGUGCGACCUGAGGUCCCAGAAGCCAUCCGCAAGUGCCAGCGGGCAGGUAUCACAGUCCGCAUGGUCACCGGUGACAAUAUCAACACAGCCCGGGCCAUCGCCAUCAAGUGUGGCAUUAUCCACCCUGGAGAGGACUUCCUGUGCCUGGAAGGCAAAGAAUUCAAUCGGAGGAUCCGCAACGAGAAGGGGGAGAUUGAGCAGGAGCGGAUUGACAAGAUCUGGCCAAAACUGAGGGUGCUGGCUCGCUCCUCGCCCACGGAUAAGCACACCCUGGUCAAAGGCAUCAUCGACAGUACACACACUGAGCAGCGGCAGGUGGUGGCUGUGACGGGGGAUGGGACCAACGAUGGGCCUGCUCUCAAGAAGGCCGAUGUGGGCUUCGCAAUGGGCAUCGCUGGCACAGAUGUGGCCAAGGAGGCCUCCGACAUCAUCCUGACAGACGACAACUUCAGCAGCAUCGUCAAGGCAGUGAUGUGGGGCCGUAAUGUCUACGACAGCAUAUCCAAAUUCCUGCAGUUCCAGCUGACUGUCAACGUGGUGGCCGUGAUCGUGGCCUUCACCGGCGCCUGCAUUACACAGGACUCCCCUCUCAAGGCUGUGCAGAUGCUCUGGGUGAAUCUCAUCAUGGACACGUUUGCCUCCUUGGCCCUGGCAACAGAGCCACCCACCGAGACUCUGCUCCUGAGGAAACCUUAUGGCCGCAACAAGCCGCUCAUCUCACGAACCAUGAUGAAGAACAUCCUGGGCCAUGCCGUCUAUCAGCUCACCCUCAUCUUCACCCUGCUCUUUGUGGGUGAGAAGAUGUUCCAGAUUGACAGCGGAAGGAACGCCCCACUGCACUCCCCGCCCUCAGAGCACUACACCAUCAUCUUCAACACCUUCGUCAUGAUGCAGCUCUUCAACGAGAUCAACGCCCGCAAGAUCCACGGGGAGCGCAACGUCUUUGACGGGAUCUUCCGGAACCCCAUCUUCUGCACCAUCGUUCUUGGCACUUUUGCCAUCCAGAUAGUGAUCGUGCAGUUUGGUGGGAAGCCCUUCAGCUGCUCUCCACUCCAGCUGGACCAGUGGAUGUGGUGCAUCUUCAUAGGCCUGGGAGAGCUCGUCUGGGGCCAGGUCAUCGCCACCAUCCCUACCAGCAGGCUCAAGUUCCUAAAAGAGGCAGGGCGGCUAACACAGAAGGAGGAGAUCCCUGAGGAGGAGUUAAAUGAGGAUGUGGAAGAGAUAGACCAUGCAGAGCGAGAGCUUCGCCGCGGCCAGAUCCUGUGGUUCCGGGGCCUGAAUCGGAUCCAGACACAGAUCCGCGUCGUGAAGGCGUUCCGUAGCUCUCUCUAUGAAGGGUUAGAAAAACCCGAGUCUCGAACCUCCAUCCAUAACUUCAUGGCUCAUCCUGAAUUCCGGAUCGAAGAUUCCCAGCCCCACAUCCCUCUCAUCGAUGACACCGACCUGGAAGAAGAUGCCGCGCUCAAACAGAACUCGAGCCCUCCGUCCUCGCUCAACAAGAACAAUAGCGCCAUCGACAGCGGGAUCAACCUGACGACCGACACGAGCAAAUCAGCUACCUCUUCAAGUCCAGGGAGCCCCAUCCACAGCCUGGAGACGUCGCUUUAGCUGAGGCCCCUGUCGCCUGGCCACGCUCAUGGACCCGCCGCCACCCGCCUCCAGGCGCACACCCUUCCAGGCACCAACUCCCCGACGCAGCAAGGAGCACUGGGCGGAACCCACACAGCAGAGAGAGAACCACACACAGAUCUUUCUCUGGCUGCCAUGUUCGAACUCUUUUCCACUCCUUAGGCCUUGGGCGGGGUUGCCCUGGGGUCAUCUGGAGCAGAGAGUGGCGUGGAUUUUUUUUUUCCAAAACAUAAAAAAAUAAUAAUGAAUUAAUUAAAAAAAAAAAAAAGAGCCCUUCCAGGCUCCAGCCCAGACACGGACCAGCCAUGCACCCGCCGGCCACUGCGUCCCCAGCAUGAAUGUACCUGGACACUUUUAAUCCCCUCCCUCGUUUGAUUCAUGGAGGGUUAGGGAGGGGAGUUUUUUGUUUGUUUUCUUAGGCGGGAACUGCAAACAGGAACUGGAACAGACUGCUGUUCAUUCAGUCCGCUGGUCUAUGAGGUUUCAAAUGCUUGCCCAGCAUGGUCUCAAAUGUCUAGAUUAAUUUAAUAACUUUUUGAAAUCACAGAGUAGGUUUGCACCAAUGAAACCCAAGAACUCCACAGACACUCAUGAGGUUAUAUCCGUUUCUUUGUAUCUAUAUCAACGUAUACUUCUUGAAGACUGUAUACGUGCGUAUAGAUAAGUAGAUAUUAUAUAUAUAUACAUAUAUAUACAUGGAUAUAUAAAGUUCCUUUGCCGGCAUGUUGCCUUGUUUCUGCUUAAAUUGCUCUAUUUUAACUUAUGUCCUAAAAGAAGAAUGUAAUUUGUUUACAAACCUGUAGAUAAUGUCUUUGGCUAUUUGUGUGGUUUAAGGACACUGGUGGCCAAGAUGCUUACAAACAGCUCGGGCCCAACAGACACAUCCCCCGGAUUGCAUCCUUGAAGUUUUACGAUAGCCAUGCUCUGAUUUUUGCCUGCUAUUUCCGUUCAAUAACGUCACUACUGUGGGAAGCUCAGGCAGAAAGCCAACGGCUCCUAAGGAUCCACCCUGAGGAGCUAAGCAACACGCUCCACGCUCCACCGUAGACAAGGGAGAAGAGGAGAGAAGGCUUCCCGGGUUUGCAACACGGCCGGUCCAGGUCCUGUGACGUCAGCGUCUGUGGUGCACCCCGGAGAGGGAAGGCUUUUCUCUCAAUGAAACUCGCUUGAGUUUACAGAGAGCAUUUCAGAACUGAGUUGUCUUUGGCGCUGUCUGUGAGUCAAGGUAGUGUUCAGAUAUUACAAAUGCUAUUGUGUUGAUUUUUUUUUUUUUUUUUUUUUUUUUUUUUUUAGUAACUUAGAAGUUUCUUUCCUUAUAAACAGCAGCAUAGACACUGCUGACAUACUGGAUGAGGGUUGGUACGGCUUGCUGCUUUCGUUUUUUUUUUCUUUUUGAAGAAGAAUAGCCUUUUUUCUCUGCACUAUUUAGAUCCGAAUGAACCUUAUGAUGUGUACAUUGAGAUGUAUUCAGUGUGAUUUUUAAACCAAAUUGUCUUCCUGUAGUUACAAUAUAUACUGUAGCCUUUUAACAGCAAGUCCUGCUUUCCCAGACAGAAAGCCAUUCUGAUACCUUCCCAUAUCACAGGUGAGAAAAGGUGGCUAUCCCCUCCCCAACAAUAACAGCACUAGUAAUCCCACUUAAUAAGAGCUUGUCUGUCGGCCUCUUACUGCUAAGCACUUUGUGGGUCUCAGCUUUUUUUCAUAAAAGAACUUUUGUAUUUAAUACAAAGUUUGCUUUGAGAC